CCAAUCUUCUUUAUAACAUUUCUAUGUAAAACGGCAUGGAUUAAAGGUGCCUCACGCGAAGGCCUUGUACUAAGUGCGCUUUCGCGCUCGAUUCCAGAUGGAGAGGUCUGGGUUCGAGACCCGGCUGGGUUAUUGUGAUGUGUCCGAGGACAAUAAGUAUAACCCUCACAUUGCCUCUCUUCGAUCAGAAAUACGAUGAGAACCGGGUAAUUGUCAAGAGAACCGAACGGAAUUCUAGUGCAAUGGUGAAAAUUUGUGACAAGACGCGGUAGCAAUGCGACACAGUCUCGUUGGCCAAAGGUUUGAAAGCGAAACAAUAAACACCGCAGCGAAACCGAUUUUUCCGAGCAAAUGACUCAAUGUUUCGAGUUUGUGUUGCAUACUUUUGAGGAAAACCGCUGUACUAAGUGGAACCGACUGUUCGACGGUCAAGUAAUCUUAAUGAGACGUUGACGGCGCGUGACUAAAACAACUUCUUCAGAAAACGAGACGGUCGUGUUUUGAUGACGGAGGCAUUCAUAAAUGAUAGGAACAAGCGAAUAGCAGUGAGUCCAUUUAUUACCAGUAUGAAUGAUACACAGCACGACAACUCAACAAGUCCUCCUUCCUCCAAUGGGAAUUCCAUGGUCCUGUGGUACACACAGAUAGUGUACAUAACGAUCGUCAUCAGCCUGGCAUUUCUUGGAAAUUUCAUCAUCUUCAUAGCAAUCUGCAGCAUCGGACGUCUUCACACUAUUGACAAUGUGUUCAUCGCUAAUCUGGCCGUCAGUGAUUUUCUCUUUACACUUAUUGAAACAUGUUCCAACACAACCCGGUGGCACAAUAGGACCUGGGAACCACCCCACGACUUUGUAUGCUAUGUAAUAAUGGCAUCAAGUGUCCUCUGCGCGUCCGCUUCGGUGUUCACUCAAACAGCAGUGGCUGUAAAUCGACAUUUAGCCAUUACACGGCCGCUGCAGUAUCCAAACUUUGUUAGCAAAACUAAAAUAUACAUUUCUAUUCUAGUAAUAUGGAUCUCCGCUAUCGCUCUUGCGUCCCCUCCGUUGAUUUGGCGACCUCAUGAAGUUAUUUUCGGAGAGGUGGAGUCCUACGACGAAAAACCUACUUUCGAGAUGAUUUACAUGACUUUAGAAUGGAUUUUCAUUUUCAUAAUUCCUUUUGGAACCAUGUCGGCCAUUUAUUUUAAAAUCUAUCGAAUCGCACGGAAUCACGCUAGCCGAGUGAAGCCUGGUACGAGCGAAGAGACAGCCUCACAUACUUACACCGGGGGUAGUGUGAGAAGAAUUCAAAUUUCACAUUUCAAAAGACAACUAAAAGCUGCCAAAAUGCUGGUGACCAUCGCUGGUGCCUUCCUGAUCAGCUGGCUUCCUUUCUUCGUAACCCUUACGUUGUGGAAGUUUCAGAAAGGAAUACAGAUCGAUUCUAAAGUGUUCACUACAUUCCUGUACAUCGUUUACACUUUACCCGCCAUAAACCCUGUAAUCUACGCCUUUUGGUCAAGAGAUAUACAAAAAGGGAUAAAACAGCUUUUGUUCUGUUAGAAACGAGGCAGAUAAGAAACACAGAAUAAAGCUAAUGUGCAAAAGAACGAAAGAACAAGAUAGCCUUCGAGCAGCCCUUCAUUCUAAGCCUUCGGUAAGGGGGUUACUUAGUCCGUGGGAAUGUAUGAGGACUUGAGCAGCACGAGCCCGCGAGAAGUGCAACGGCCAGACCACUGACAAACUUUUCCUUGACUCGUCUCGAAACUUCCUGCGGGCAGAGGAACGCGUAUCCUAGAGACCUAAUUACGAUGGCCUGCCUACCGACUAUGAACAAGGCAAAAAAUGAACUUAUAAUUGAACCAGCGCGAAAGAGCGAAAGAAAGUGCCAAGUAACCAAUGUAUUAAGUUAACGAUCCAUAGCGAAUUUAGCUCCAGGUCGAGAACGAUCUGGAAACCAGAAGAGGUCAUUUUCUAACCACACCUUUUGAUUUUUGUUUAUAUGAUAUAUGAUAUAUGCUCGAGUUUUAGGAGUCUUCAUUGAUGCGAUUAUUUCAAGAUGAUUUCUUGAAAGAGAUAGUGAAAUCUACAGUUUGCUGUAAGAUGCAUCCUUCACAUUCCCACAAGUAAACAAAAUUUGAAGUUUUUAUUCCUGAAUAAACUCAGAUUUCGAGUGUAACAUAUGAAAGCGGCUGAGUUGGGGAACCAGCAUUGCUGUAUUUGUCAAUAAGCUACCAGUUUACAUUAAAUGAUAAUGAUGAUAGUAAAGACAAUGACGAUAAUCACAAUAAAUAUGACAUGGUCAGUUAUGGUCUCACGUCUCCUAGUUGACAAAAUCUUUCUUCUAUAUCCCAAAUAAUUUAAGGGACAAGAACUGUAUCUUUUUUAUAAGCUAGUGGAUCUCGAAUCGUGAGUAUGGAAAAAGAAUGAGUGAGAACUUCCUGUAGAAAAAUCACCCAGGAGGUAAGUGGGGAGUGAUUUGGCACCAGUGUUAUGGCUAGGCUCGGUUUCCGUCGUUUUCUCGAGUCAAGUCCUCGAUCUUCAUCGUGGGGGGAAGUCGCGGGCCUGAACAGCAUGUGAUUAUCAAGCUCAA